AUGAAAUGGAAUGAAGACAUUAACGUGAGGCGUGAUUGUGUGCUUCGAUGCCUGAGCAUCUACCUCAAUGAAGAUCUGGACACACUGGUUAAAGAAUACAUGGAAGUAAAUCCACUUAGUUCAGAGGAGCCAGAGGAUACAGUGGGCCGGGUCCUGGCAUCUAAAAGCCUCCAUUAUGCCAAGGACGACAGUUUUCGUUCAAACAACAAGGAUGCAUGUUGUGGACUGUCUGCUUACGAACUCCAGCGCCUUGAGAACAUCAAAGAGAAAGAGGCCUUCUUGUCGUCUUUGAAGAUAUGGCAAGUCAAAGGCUUUAUUGGUAAAAGAGCAGUUUAUGCACUCUCUCCGGAAAUCCCUCCAUCUUAA